AUGGCUAGUGAAGAGAGUUUUUUAGUGUUAGUGUACUAUAGAGGGUCUAUUAAGAAAAAAACACGUUCUGGUAUUAAGUUUACCAAUAAGGAUCCCCUCAAUAUUUUUCUGAAACAUACAACGAGCUUCACUGAGUUCCUGAAUUCUAUAAUACAGAAACUGGGGUUGCAAGACGUGAAACGAGUUGAGAAGUUAUUCUACCACAUUCCGAUUUCAGUUUUGCGAGAUGAUCUAAAAUACGAUUCGUUUGUCAUAGAGAGUGACGAGGAUUUGGAGGUUCUGUUCCAUUAUCGUAGGCAGUUCGCCGAGGUCAGAAUACCGGAGCUUUUGGCUAAGCUCGUAGAUGUGGUCUUUAGCUUCGGUGGUUCUAACCGGAAUACCCAAGCUCCAGCAACGGCAUUCUGUUCUAGUUCGAGACCUGUUGGUGUAUUUUUAUCUGUGCCUGUGAUUGCACCUCCGAAAAUGGUGGUUGCCUCCCCGUCCUUCGCAGUUGAUGUCAACCGCGGUGGUGACGAAGAAGUUGGUAUUGUUGAUAGGGCGCCGGUUUCAUUACAGUGUGGGACACCGGAUGGUAUGGAUGAUGCAUUGCCAGAUGAUGAUGACGCUGAUGAUGUGGAGCUGGACAUCAUUGUCGAUGAUAGCGGUGAUGACAUAGCAGCGAGUAAUCCAGUUGGGAUUGAAGGAGCAUCCAGCCCAGGGACUCAGCAGUACCCCCGCACUUUUUAUCUUUGGACUUGGAUGCCAUGA